UCUUUCAUGCAAGUACUUUUGGCAGUAUUGUCUGUGCCAAUAAAGCUAUCCUGAUUCGCUAACAUGGCGGAUGCCUUGGAUUGUGACAGGAGAUGAACAAUGCAUUCAGAGGCUUAGUCAAAGUAUAUAUCCCAGUACAUCAGAAAUGAAUUCUCCUGAAAAGAAAAAAUCCCGCAGAAGUCUAUCCAUAUCAAAAAAAAAACCUAAUGUCAAUUUAAAAAACAUUCAGUCACCAAGAAAAACAUCAGUGUCUCCAUCAAUUAUUGCCCUAUUUAAAAAUGCACCUCCUGCAAAGCUCUCUUGCCCUCUUUGUGCUGAAAUGGUGCCACGAUUUGGCCUUAACAAACACCUGGAUGAAACAUGCCAAAAAGCAAAGCAAUGUGCUGACGAUGUCAUACUGAUUGAAGAACAGGAUUCCAUGCAGUCAGAACAAUGUCAAAGCACCCGACCAUUAGAAAACAUCAGAAAUCCAGUCUCUAAGACUAGUCCUUCUAAAAAUAAUGAGAAACAAACAAGCUCAUAUUUUAACAAAUGCAGCCCUGUAAAGGAACUUCACAAAGAAACAGAAAUGCAGAUUAUUAAAACAGUGCCACUGGGAAGUCUUUCCUCCAAACUCUCUAGAAGACGACAAGUACGUGAAAUGAAGCAGGAAAUGCAAGAAAAUAACAAAGAUGCCACUGGUUGCUGUGAAUCUUUAAGUGAAGACCUUUCUGUUUUAACAGGUGAUCAACCUAAAAAUAAUGAUAUUAGCAGCCUUACUUUUGUUUCUAAGUGUGAAAAAAAGACAGACCCUACUGACACAAAGAGAUUGACUGCAAAAUACCACAAUCAGAGUGAUGUUAAAAAGGACACUGGUGCAGAGCAAUAUAGUCACCAUCUGGAUGAAUGCCUAAUUCCUACAUCAAGCAGUGUUAAAUCCAUGUUUCUUGGACCGACGGGUAGAAAGCAAGUUGAUAAAGAUACAAAAGCUAAAAGGCACAAUUCAGAAAAAGAAAAUACAGCUUGUAAAAGAGCAAAACAUUGUGAUCUUACUGCAGAAACAUUUGAACCUGCUUUGGCAAAAAUAUAUGAUGCUAAAGAUGGCUGGUCUAAUGAAAUGGAAGAUAAAAGUAUACUAGAUGAAUUUUUAAAACCUUUUAAUGAUCCAGAUAGCCAAGAGCAAGUAGAUAGUUUGCAAAAUGGAAUGGAUGCUAACAUUCCACAGGAAUCUUCACCCCAAUCCUUGAGCAUCCCGUAUUAUCAGCGAAACUUUCUAAUGGUUCUUCAGACAGUUAUGGAGAGUGAAGAAGAUAUGAGUCUCUUCAGUGAAGAAGAUAUACACAUCUUAAGAACAUUUUAUGAACUUUCAGGUGGUGGGCAAAAGCUAUAUGUGCGUUUAUUUCAACGGAAGCUGAACUGGCUGAAGAUAAACAAAAUUGAGUAUCCAGAGAUCGCCUCAGAUUUGGUUCCAUUUAUUGAAGAGCUGGUCCGAAAUGGGUUUCUUCAGUCAGACUCUGAGUUACAAGAACUCUCAGAAGCACUGGAUCUUCUCUCAGCUCCAGAACUGAAGUUGUUAGCAAAAGCCUUUCACUUGGCAAAUCCAAAUGCGCAAAAGCAACAGCUCGCUGAGGAACUUCUGCGAUUAUCAAAACAACGCAGUGUAUUCAGUCUUGGCAAAAAGCAACCUGGUAUUGCUGCAGUAAUUCUAAAAAAGGCUAAAGAGAUUACAGGACGAGCUGUGCGGGUUUGUAAAGGUCCAAGAGGGGUGUUUUCUAGAGUCCUUCUCCUUUUCUCUUUGACUGAGUCUAUGGAUGUUGAAGAAGCUGCUAGUGGAGGACAAACUCAGCUCUCUACAGUUCUCAUGGUGAACAUGGGACGUAUGACAUUUCCUGAAUAUACUGUACAAAGAAGCACCCGAAUUUUUAAUGACCGAGAAGAUCUUAUCCGGUAUGAGUCUGCAAUGCACAAGCUAGUAGAUGUAGCAGUAGCCAUGACUAGUGGUCAGUGGGAAGAAGCACACCUCCUCUAUCAGCUUACCCAGAAGGAAUGGGAUGAACUGAAAGAUGACCCAUCAUUAAGGAACCAUGAAAAAUUGCCAGAGUAUCUCCGCUGCUUUACUGUUGGCUGGAUAUAUACCAAAAUCUUAUCACGAGGAGUAGAGAUCCUGCAACGACUCCACCUCUAUAAGGAAGCUGUAGAGCUGCUGCGAUGCCUUUUGUCUCAGAAAGUUUACUGUCCUGACAGCAGAGGGCGCUGGUGGGAUCGUCUGGCUCUAAACUUGCAUCAGCAUUUGAAACGCACACAGGAGGCAAUUGGUGCCAUCCUAGAGGGUUUAUCAGAUCCUCACGUGCGCACUGGUCACCAGCUUUCCCUGUACCAACGUGCUGUCCGUAUGAGAGACUCGCCCAGCUGCAAAAAAUUCCGCCAGAUGUUCUGUGACCUGCCUCUUAUUGAAGUGGAGGAUGUACCUCAUGUCACCAUCAAAGGCAAAAUGUAUCCUCAAACAGGAAUGGGCAAAUCUGUAUUUAUAAUGGAAGAGCUGUCUGAAGAAGUUGGAGCAAAUGUCACUCUUUCUAAGGUGAUGUGUUCAGUUGAGGAGCUGUCCCUCGCCCAUUACAGGCAGCAGGGCUUUGAUCAAGGAAUUCAUGGAGAAGGCUCCACAUUCUUCACACUUUAUGGUUUGCUUUUGUGGGACAUCAUCUUCAUGGAAGGAAUUCCAGAUGUUUUCAGAAAUUCCUACCAGGCCUUCCCUUUGGAUCUGUACACGGAUAGCUUUUAUGAGAACAGAAGAGAAGCUAUUGAGUGCCGGCUCCAGCUGCUCCAGGAAUGCUCCACAGAGACCCUGUCCCAGCUGAUUGCUGAUGUUUGGAAUGCUCAUGAGGGCAAAGUGGCAGCAUUAGUUAACUGGGAGCGCUUCUCAUCUCUUCAGCAAGCCCAGAGUUUGGUGUCUUGCCUCGGGGGGGCAUUUUUAAGUGGAGUAUGCAAGAAGAUGUCCAGAGAUAUCAGACACUGCAAAGGAGGGCUCCCUGAUUUGGUUGUAUGGAAUGGACAGACAAAACAGUACAAGCUGGUGGAAGUGAAAGGCCCCAAUGAUCGGCUGUCACACAAGCAGAUCAUUUGGUUACAUGAACUGCAGAAGCUGGGAGCCAGUGUGGAAGUUUGCCAUGUUGUUUCAAUUGGAGCCAAAAGCAACCGAGUUGCCUAAUUUUGAUGUAUAAUCUAUUUAAAAUCUUGUAUAUAAAACAAACUUCAUUAAUUAA